CGCAUGGCUGUGGCUUUGCGCAAAAGCGCGACAGUGACAGCGUCUUGGAAGAAACUGAUGGGAUUCUAAGAAAAAUAAAAACACAGCAAUAACAAGCUUUAAGAAAAGACGAUUUGAGGAUUUUUUUUUUUUUUUUUUACAUUUCCAAGACAUUUGUGACAAUAAUGAUCUCCGCAUGCAGAACAGGAUAUCCUCUUCUUGUCGUGUAAUCAGGCAGCUGUACGUGUAGGUCCGACGCGUUAUCUGAGAUUCUCGUUUCACAUAGAGAUGGAUCUGUGGGGAGUUUAUCUGUUUCAUCUCAUAACUUUGGCUCUGUUAGAGGUAAUCCUGGCCGGCAGAGACUGCUUGAUGGCUGGAGACUCGUGCUCAAGUGAUGAGACCUGUAGUCCACGCCUGCGGACUUUGCGUCAGUGUGUGGCGGGCAAUGGCAGUGUGAAGCUGGGCCCCGGUGCCAGGAGCCAGUGUGCCAACGCUGUGUCCGCCCUGCUGUCCAGCCCCUUACAUGGCUGCCAGUGUAAACGAGGCAUGAAGAAGGAGAAGAACUGCCUGAGCAUCUACUGGAGCCUUCAUCAGUCUAUCAUACACGGACUCAACCUGGUGGAGAGUUAUCCCUACGAGACGGUACAGAGAGAUUAUGACUACGUCCGCUUGGCCUCUAUUACAGCUGACUCAGAUGUUGGCAUGACAACUGUGAAUCGCUGCCUGGAUGCGGCCAAGGCUUGCAAUGUGGACGACUUGUGCCAGAAGCUCCGCACGGAAUAUGUCUCAGCUUGCAUCAAACCCACGGCCAAGUCGGGCCUGUGCAAUCGGCCUAAAUGCAAUAAGGCUCUGCGCAGGUUCUUUGACCGCGUCCCCGCCGACUACACACACGAGCUGCUCUUCUGCCCCUGUACGGACACAGCGUGUGCAGAGCGUCGAAGGCAGACCAUUGUACCCAGCUGCUCUUAUGAAAGCGUGGAAAAACCCAACUGCAUCACACAGAUGAGAAUCUGCAAUGCUGACUAUGUGUGCAGGUCUCGCCUGGCACAGUUCCAAUAUGAUUGCGAACCCUCCGAAAUGUCUGCCAAUGGCUGCAAGCAAGGGAACUACGGAGCCUGUCUCCUCGCCUACACAGGGCUCAUAGGAAGCACAAUAACUCCCAACUAUGUCGACAACUCCACAUCCAGCGUGGCUCCAUGGUGCUCCUGCUCAGCCAGUGGGAGCCGGAGAGAAGACUGUGAUCGUUUCCUGGAAUACUUCACCGACAACAUCUGUCUCCGGAAUGCGCUCAUGAUGUUUGGAAGUGAAUCAGACCAGCAGCCAACUGUCAGCCAGUCCAGUACACCCAGUCCCAGCCACAGCAGCAGUGAAAACAGGAGCACUGCUUCUCCACCAGAAACUAUUGAAACUAUGAGGAACAUUCUGGAUACAAUAAUACCAACACAGGCCCUGGGAAAUGAACUACUGGUGGGCCAGGCCACCCUGUCAUCCAACAGCCUCCCAAACUCCGCUUCACCUCCCAGCUUAAUGCUUCAAGCUGCCUUCAGCCUUCUGUUGCUGCUCCUUCAUCUGCUCAACAAUGGACACUAAAGACUGCAGAGGAGUGUGCCGAGGACCCUCCUAGUACCAAGCAGAUGGGUAGUUCAGAGGAAAAUGGACCGUGUGGCGUUACUCCUCCCUCUAAAUAUGUACAGCGAUUCUGUUUUUCUAUUUUUGUGUCUAAGUGGUCCACUUCCACCUGCCGGUGUUCUCACUCAGACUGUGGGAGACCUCUGCAGACCGAAGCCAGUCUGUACAUUUGUACAUUGUUGUUGCGAUCAAGUCAAGCCGAAAUGAAGUCAGAGUACCGCUUUUGUGGACCAACGCAGCUCUCAGCUAUCCAACUGUAUUCAUUUUCAAAAGUUAUUAUGAAAAUAUAUUGCAGAUAUGUAUAAUACAAAGACAUGACGUAUGUCAGUACCUGUGAAGAUUUGUAUUAUCAACAGAAGCUUGUAUUUGAAAUAUCAUAGGGGAAAAUGGUUGGAGUAAACCAAUAAACUUUGUGUCUGCUCUGUUCUCAGCACACAAAGUGAUUGGAAAGCUGCUGGGGUAUAUGGGGCUUUCAUACCACUCUCCUCAAGUGACUGAAAGAGAGCCAUUAUUUCUGAUCAAUACUGGAAUAGUGGAGAGACAAAGAGACAACAGGGCUCUAUUUUGCUCAGACAUCCAGCCAUGAUUCUUACAUGUCCAGCAGCACUAUCCAGAAAACAUGUGGCAGACAAGACAACAGAAGAUAAACCUUGACGUAAUAAUCGUCUUCUUCGUAAAGACAUUUGCCCUUUAUCAAACUAUCUCACACCACUCUCUGUUUUUGUGAAAGCUACAAAGCUGCUCACAGAAACAGUCCUACGUCUCUAUCAGCAAAGACAAGGUCUUGGACUUGAAAGGAAAUAAUCCGAAGGGCAGUAACUCUUUACCUGUAGCUGCUGUACUAUGUGUUUGUGAGCCUUUUAUUUCUCAUUGUGUCCGUGAACAUUGCUAUACAGGGGCUCUGAGUGUUUGUGCCAGAGAGGGAAGUGAAUGAUUUGACUUACUGAGCGUCGCCAACGCCAGUGCAGAGCCUGUUUUA